AAUAAAUUAAAUCCUACAACAUACUCUAUUAUUCAAACCCCAACCGGAAAACUACCACCACCACCACCGCGUCCAAAAUCGAAUCAGCCACAGCCACCGCCGCUGACAUUCUAGAAACCACUACACAAAUGCAUCAUUCAAAAAAGGUCAAGAAAACCGCAUCGUUUGGAAACGAAAUGAAGCAAGAACCGAUGAACCCGACGAACACUAUGUCUGUUGCUGAAAAGCAGAAACUGGCCUCUGACUUGGUGGAGUCGGCAGCGGAUUUACCGGAAAGCAUUAUUAAAUUCGCGUUUGAUAAUUGUUCAAAUGGAAAUGCAACAAUGGAGGAGGGGAUUGAGCUCGAUCUCGGCACUCUCAGUAAUGAUACACUGUUCAAGCUGAGGAAGCUUUUAGAUGAUUUCUUGGCUGGCAAACAGAAAAACAUUGUGCCGUUCCAAAAAAAACGGAAAACAAAAAACAAGACAGGGAACCCCACGACAAAAGAGCAGGGACAGCAACUCCCUACAAAGGCCUCAACUUCUCAAUGUAGCAUAAUUUGUGUCCAAGGCUACGAAGUGAAAGAGAGUAUUGCACCGAUUCUUGAAGCCAUAUUUAAGAAACACGGUGAUAUUGCAUCUGAAUGUAUAUACACUAUAGCUUCUGUGAAAGCGUCUUUGCUUGAGGUUGUGUGUGAAGUUGUCGGGCGGAUUCAAGCCGAUGAUGUUAUUGAGAAAAUGGAAGAAAUAGAGUCCCUUGUGUCACUGGCAGAGGCAGCUAAAAUCAAUGUGUCGUGGCUUUGGGUCCACUUGGAAGCCAUUAACAGAAGGAAGGAUGUCAUGAAAAAGUGCAGUUUGCUUAUGGAAACAAAAGUAAUCACUGUUUUGGUUCAAAUGGCUGCUCAAAUGGAUCUGAGAGAGAGAUGUGCAGAGCUCGUGACAGCGCAUGAACGAUUUAAAGAGGCUGAAAGGUGCGUGAGAGUACUUCAUCUUGUUGAAAAGAAGCUAAAUAACAACAUUUUGGACUCUAAGGCUGAAAAAGACUUGUGGGGAAGACAACCACUGUUAUAGGCUACUAACUAAAUUAUGCUAGAUGUGUAAUAGUAGAAGAUCACCAGAAUCAUGUCUAAACUUUUAGUUUGUCUAGUGGGAGAUCCCCUUCUCGAAAACAAGGUAAGUUUAUCUA